CUAGUUUUUGAAACAAAUGUCUUGUUAACAAACUAUAGUUUUGGUAAGUCGGUUAGGACAUCUACUUUGUGCAUGACACAAGUAAUUUUUCCAACAACUGUUUACAGACAGAUUAUUUCACUUAUAAUUCACUGUAUCACAAUUCCAGUGGGUUAGAAGUUUAUAUACACUAAGUUGACUGCGCCUUUAAACAGCUUGGAAAAUUCCAGAAAAUUAUGUCAUGGCUUUAGAAGCUUCUGAUAGGCGAACUGACAUCAUUUGAGGUGUACCUGUGGAUGUAUUCUAAGGCCUACCAUCAAACUCAGUGUUUCUUUCCUUGACAUCAUGGAAAAAUCAAAAGUUAUCAGCCAAGACCUCAGAAAAUAAAUUGUAGACCUCCACAAGUCUGGUUCAUCCUUGGGCGCAAUUUCCAAACGCCUGAAGGUACCACGUUCAUCUAUACAAACAAUAGUACGCAAGUAUAAACACCAUGGGACCAUGCAGCCGUCAUACCGCUCAGGAAGGAGACGUGUUCUGUCUCCUAGAGAUGAACGUACUUUGAUGUGAAAAGUGCAAAUCAAUCCCAGAACAGCAGCAAAGGACCUUGUGAAGAUGCUGGAGGAAACAGGUACAAAAGUAUCAAUAUCCACAGUAAAACGAGUCCUAUAUCGACAUAACCUGAAAGGCUGCUUAGCAAGGAAGAAGCCACUGCUCCAAAACCGCCAUAAAAAAGCCAGACUACGGUUUGCAACUGCACAUGAGGACAAAGAUUGUACUUUUUGGAGAAAUGUCCUCUGGUCUGAUGAAACAAAAAUAGAACUGUUUGGCCAUAAUGACCAUCAUUAUAUUUGGAGGAAAAGGGGGGGAGGCUUGCAAGCCAAAGAACACCAUCCCAACCGUGAAGCACGGGGGUGGCAGCAUCUUGUUGUGGGGAUGCUUUGCUGCAGGAGGGACUGGUACACGUCACAAAAUAGAUGGCAUCAUGAGGUAGGAAAAUUAUGUGGAUAUAUUGAAGCAACAUCUCAAGACAUCCGUCAGGAAGUUAAAGCUUGGUCCAUAUUGGGUCUUCCAAAUGGACAAUGACCCCAAGAAUACUUCCGAAGUUGUGGCAAAAUGGCUUAAGGACAACAAAGUCAAGGUAUUGGAGUGGUCAUCACAAAGCCCUGACCUCCAUCCUAUAGAAAAUGUGUGGGUAGAACUGAAAAAGUGUGUGCGAGCCUGGAAGCCUACAAACCUGACUCGGUUACACCAGCUCUGUCAGCUUGUGGAAGGCUACCUGAAAAGUUUGACCCAAGUUAAACAAUUUAAAGGCAAUGCUACCAAAUACUAAUUGAGUGUAUGUAAACUUCUGACCCACUCGGAAUGUGAUGAAAGAAAUAAAAGCUGAAAUAAAUAAUUCUCUCUACUAUUAUUCUGACUUCAACUGUAUGUGUGCAUGUAUAUAUGCAUGUUCCUGUGUGUGUGUAGUCAAGGGGAAGGCAAAGAAGGCCAAGCGGGCGUGUGCUGUGGAGCCACUGCAGGAAGGGGAGGAGCUUUGUGACACAACUGGCAGGAAAUGGAGGCUGGCAAAACUGUUGAGUCAGAGCGAUGCAGAGAUGUUCUAUGGAGUCCAGCAGAAUGGGCAAGGUGCCAAUUCCAGUGACUACAAGCACAUCCUCAAACUAGGGGCUAAGGACGGGAAGAUGUUUAAUGAGCUGAACUUCCUGCAGAGAGCUGCCAAGCCCUCAUCUGUGGACAAGUGGAUAAAGCAUGCCAAGAUGGACUUCCUUGGGAUUCCUUCCUGUGUAGGAUUUGGUCUCCAUGCAGACUCCUACAGGUUUUUGAUUUUCUCCAGCAUGGGCCAGAGUCUUCAGUCUUUCAUGGAGGAGGGGGAGGGGCUCCUGUCUGAGAAAGCGGUCCUUCAGCUGGCCUGCAGAGUACUGGAUGUGUUGGAGUUCAUCCAUGAAAAUGAGUAUGUUCACGCAGACAUCCAUGCUGAAAACAUCUACAUCAGCCCAGCACAACAAACACAGGUAUACCUUGCAGGGUACUGCCAUGCUUUCCGCUACUGUCCUGGUGGCCGGCAUGUGGAGUACCGUGAGGGCAGCCGAACACCACAUGAAGGAGCCAUUGAUUUUAUAAGCCUGGAGUCUCACAAGGGAGCAGGUCCGUCUCGGCGUAGUGACCUACAGGCUUUGGGUUACUGCAUGUUGCGCUGGUACACAGGGGCACUGCCAUGGACCUCCCUCACACACACUCCAGCCCGCGUUGCUACUGAGAAGGAGAGGUACAUGGAGGAUGUUCCAGGUCUCCUGAGUCACUGCUUCGGACAGAAGAAAGUCUUGAGUGCUCUGCAGGUGUACCUGUCUCAGGUGAUGGCUCUGCAGUACUCUGACCAACCGGACUACAGGGCUCUGAGGGCUGGCCUUAGUGCAGCUCUGCAGAAGCUGGGAGGGUCACUGGAGCAACCCCUUGACCUGCAGAUGAAAGCGAUAGGAGGAAGAUGAUACUUCGGGAUGAAAAUUCACUAAUGGGAUUUUUAGCCAACUGUUUUUAAAAUGCUGACUUCAUGACUAUGUGGUGUGAGUCCUGCUGUGGUUUUAUUAUGUUGGACUGCACUCAAGGAGGAGCGUGUGAAGGUGCAUUUCAUUAAGUUCACUGGAGGUGCAGUGCACAGACACUCAUGGUUAUGCCAGGUUAGUGAGCACUGCUGUACUGUGUUAUUGACAGCAGUGGUUGGUGCUGUGGCAGUGAGUGGGUAGUUCAUGUUUAACCUAUGAAAUAAUAGUUUAAAACAAGGAACCUUUGGUCAGGUGGUAAUGAUUGUAAGUGCAAAAUUUCCACUGUUCCAGUUACUGAUGUACGAUAUGCAUUUUACUUUUUGUGUUGUUUUGAUCACAGGAUAAUACUUUGUUAUUAAAGAGCUUUUAUUAAUUCAA